UCACUGUACAACCGGAAGAAUAUUUAUUUCAUUUCCCGUGAAUAUUUUCCUCAGGCGGCUGCAUCGUACGGGGUACUGAAAACGCACUAAACAGCCACUUCUUAUUUGCAUUUUUGCAUUCCUCAUACAAAACAGGGUGUGUGGUCAGCACAAACAUGUCGCACACAAUUUUGCUUGUCCAGCCUACCAAGAGACCAGAGGGCCGCACAUAUGCUGACUACGAGUCAGUGAAUGAAUGCAUGGAAGGUGUUUGCAAAAUGUAUGAGGAGCAUCUUAAGAGGAUGAAUCCAAACAGUCCCUCCAUCACUUAUGACAUCAGUCAGUUGUUUGACUUUAUUGAUGACUUGGCAGAUCUGAGCUGUCUUGUGUACAGAGCUGACACUCAAACAUACCAACCAUACAACAAAGACUGGAUCAAGGAGAAGAUAUAUGUUCUGCUGCGGCGCCAGGCUCAGCAAGCAGCAAAGUAAAGGAGUCAGUGGGGAGAUGUCCAGCUACAUACGCUUUGAAGGAGUUAAAUGUACAUUGGGAAGAGAAGGGGUUUUGAGAAAUGGGGACAAGUGAGAACUUUUGGGCUUUAUAUAGAAAAGGAGUCAUGCUUGGCAGCAUACAUGUGUUUUUAAGUUUGUUACACUAUGAUGAGAGUCACACAAAUGGCUGCAAGGACUAACUUAUUGAUGGAGAGGGAUUCUGCCUGGAGAAAUGUUCGCCAGGCUUGAUGAAUACUUUUUUUUUCUUUUGGUUUCUCAAAUUUUUCGUAAUGUGCUUUCAGUUUCCCUAAAAUGUAUGUGAUUCUUUUUCAAAUAUACCCUUACUGGACGGUUUGAUUUUUUUACAUUCUGUGGGUUGAAAGCAGAUGACUUGUUUUUGAAUCAGAUAAAUAUCUGAGGACUGACUGACCCAUUUAUUUAACUGAUCCCAGAAGAUUUACUUUCCAUAUUGCAUCUGUUGUUACUAUUGUUGCCAUAGCCUACUAUCGUGUUGUAAAAUGCUGUUCUUGUAAACAUUUCAUUUUGCAUAGAUUUAAACUUUCCCUGUUGCUGUUUUCAUUUGAUUGAAAAUAAUAAACUAUUGUUGUUUUUUUUGA